AUGCACGACGAUGAAGUGAAGUCAAUUGCGAGUUUUAAAUCUGCUUGCCCAGUUACAGUUGUAUCGUACGCAAAGGGGAAUCCCUACGUGAGAAAAUGUUUUCUGAAGCGAAGGAUCAACUAUACUGUAAGGUCGUCGGCUACGUUCAACCCGGCAAUACUCAUGCUGACGAGAAGUGGGAUAAAUCUAGUAAACCCCGGACCAGAACGGAGAAUAAUCGAACAAGAUAACUCGAAUAUUACAACAACGCCUGGUUCCGCACAUUCAACUCAACUAAUAACCUCGGCGUCUUCUCCAAGUCUUGAGAAACCCUGGAUAACUCAUAUGAAUUGUAGAAGUGUUAUAUCUCACAUUGAUGAACUACGGGUAACUUUUAAACAUGUUUCUCCGCAGUGCAUUGCUAUUACGGAGACUUGGCUGAAUGAUUCAAUAUUUGACUUCGAAGUCGACAUUGCGGGAUAUACCGUACAUCGCCUCGACCGACAAAGUAGACGUAGGGGAGGAGGUGUUGCGUUCUACUUAUCUAAUGGUCUAAAAUGUACUCGUAGAAAAGACUUGGAGGAAAAUUUUGAAGCAAUCUGGAUAGAAACUCGAAUUCGGAAUAUUAAAUAUUUGCUCGGAUGCGUUUAUAGGGCUCCAGACGAAUCUUUAGAAAUAUUUGACUAUAUGGAUGACACACUUAGGUAUGCUACACAAAACAAUUAUGAGACCAUUAUCCUCGGGGAUUUAAAUUGUGAUUGUCUCAACGCGUCUCUUAAACAAACAGAAAGACUAUUUGAAUUCCUCAUGGUUAAUGGUUUAGAACAACUCAUUAAAAAACCAACUCGAGUAACAAACAAUAGUCAAUCAUUAAUAGACGUCUUAAUCACCUCGACGCCCUGUCUUUUUAAGGGUGUAGGAGUUCUAACUACAGCUCUUAGCGACCAUUAUCCCAUCUUUGGCAUUAUGCAUGGUAAAACGACUCGACCUAAUAAACAUAAGAUAAUAACAACUCGGUCCUGGAAUGAAACUUCCGUCAAUGACUUUGUGGUUAGCUUGCAACAAGCUCCAUGGAGUGUGACCGAGACUUUUGAUGAUGUCGACGAUAUGUCUUCUGCUUGGGACUUAUUGAUGAAAUCAUUGAUUGAACAACACUUUCCUUUAAGACGGAAACGCAUACGAAAGCAAACGCAUCCAUGGCUGAAUGGUGAAGUACUUCGAUUGAUGAGAGCUCGCGACCAAGCUCAUAAAAAAGCAGUAAAAUCAGGACUGAUUUGUGACUGGAACGAAUACAAACAUCUUAGGAACAGAGUGACGAGCGUAAAUAGGAAGGCUAGGAGGAACUAUUUCUCUAAUAAGCUUAAUGAAAAUCGUAGUAAUCCCCGUGCUUUUUGGAAUAUACUUCGUGGCGUUCUACCGUCUAAAAGUAAUCGAAGCGUAAUAAACAAGCUAGUGGUAAAUGAUAAAGAACUGACAAACAAGAAAGAUAUUGCGAAUUCAUUAAAUGAAUAUUUUACGACUAUUGCAUCAACGCUUCUGGGAAAUCGACCAUCAUUGGAUACCGAACUAUAUCCAAUUGAACAACCAAUAAACAAUCCCACAAGUACUUUUAAAUUUCAAUCCUUGUGCGAAGCAGAUGUGUCUUAUGCCCUGCAAACGAUGGAUUCAUUUAAAGCUACCGGUGCAGAUAAUAUUCCUGCCAAAGUUCUAAAGAUUGCCGCACCUUACAUUAGUAAAGUUGUGACGAACAUAUUCAACGCAUCAUAUAUGAGCGGUAAAUUUCCCUCAAUAUGGAAAGUAGCAAAGGUAACUCCAUUAUAUAAAGGAGGAUUGAAAACUGAGCGUGACAAUCAAAGACCAAUAUCAGUACUGCCAUGUAUCUCUAAAAUCCAGGAAUCUUUUGCAAAUUCAAACCUUCAAGCUUUUGCACAAAAUGUUGGCCUUAUCAGCCAGCAUCAAUAUGCUUAUGUUAAACACUCCUCUACAACAGUAGCUCUUAUUAGAGCCGUUGAUGCUUGGAAAUUAGCAAUCGACAAAGGCGAAAAAGUUGUUUGUGCUUUUCUUGAUCUUCGUAAAGCUUUUGAUGUUAUAGAUCAUGACAUCUUACUACACAAGCUCAAACAACAUGGUGUAAAGGAUAAUGAACUUGAAUGGUUCAGAAGUUACCUCUCGAGCAGACGUCAGUUCGUCGUAAGUGGAGGAGCAGAAUCAGAUCAUCGGAAUAUUACACACGGAGUUCCUCAGGGGUCUGUCCUCGGCCCAACAUUGUUUAAUAUUCAUAUUAGUGGUAUUCUCAAUGUUUGUCAAAAGAGUAAUGGUUCACUGUAUGCUGAUGACACUGAACUUUAUGCUACCUCGAAAGAUAUUAACAUAGCCGAACAAUGUGUCAAUGAAGACCUUAAACAUAUUGAUUCUUGGCUUGAUCAGUACGGUCUGAUAAGUAAUCAUAAGAAGACGGAAGUCAUGGUUAUAGGAUCCAGAUAUUCAGUGGCUAACGCGCGUGAUUUACAUGUUAAAUUAAACGGGGAAAUAUUGAAACAGUCAGAUCAUUUUAGAUACCUCGGUGUCGACAUUGAUAGCUGUUUGACAUGGAAAAAACAUGUAUCGAAUUUAUCAGCGCGAAUGUACCCUAAGCUCAAAAUACUGAACCGAAUAUCGGCAUUCCUUAGCUGUAAGACGUUAUUAAGGAUAUAUAAACAAACCAUUUUACCAGUACUAGAUUACGGCUGUAUGGUUUGGGCAGAAUGCGGAAAGGGGAAUUCGCAGCGGUUAGAGCGUCUGCAGAAUCAAGCGAUGCGUAUUAUACUAUCAGCAAAUCGCAAAACGUGCACGCAAGAAAUGCGCACUAAACUGGGCUUAUUGUCAUUAAGCAGCAGAAGGCGCUUUCUUCGUUUGCAAUUAGUAUAUAAAAUUAUAUACAACAUUGACUGUCCACAACAACUAAUUGGUUAUUUUAUUAGAAGAUCAGAAACGCACAAUAGAUCCCUGAGAGACACCACGUUGUUGUGCGUAAUUCCAACCAAAUCGAAAAUGGGCGAGUCGUCAUUUCAAUGUUCGGCCGCGAAAGAAUGGAACGCCUUGCCAAAACACUUACGAGACUUAAAGACUUUGUCCUCCUUUAAAAACAAUAUUUUAAAGUUUUUCUUAGAAACUGAUGCUCACGAACAUCGUUGUAGCAUAUAGUAACUCUUAACACUAAAUAUUUAUUUUUUUUUAAACAUUUUUUAUAUCUAUUCUAGUAUUGCAUGUGGUGUGGUUUUUUUAGAUAAUAUAUAGUAUUAUGGAUGUAAACUAUUUAUAUAUUAAUGCUGGUCAUCGGUUUAUACCAGCUGAUAUUUUGUUAGCUGAUCGGUUUUUACCAGUUUAAAUAAAGAAGUUAUUAUUACUAUUAUUAUUUCAGUAAGUUUGAGAAGUGGAAUACACUCUUCCGGAAAGUGCCAGCCUAGCUUUGUUUUCGUGAUAGAGAUACUGACUAUCUUGAAACUGGUGAUGUUAUCUUGUGAAGGCUCUUUAUUUUGUAUAUAAUUUAACAAAUAUAAAACAUUUUCCGUUAAAUUUUUACUCGUUUUAUAAUUUUUUAAUAGUAUUUUUUGGGGGGAUGGGGACGUUUUUCCACCAUAUCGGUGAUAUUUUUUGUACUGAUGUUGCGAAGGCCGCCAUUUUGCUUUAAGAACCUUGUAUACCCAAGCCUACGCGCUCCUAUCGAUCAGUAUAUAGCGCGAAGGUCUGAACAUGAGAAAAAUUUCAAAUAUUAAACUGUUUUAAGCUGUAAAACGAAGAGAUUUACAUAAAAAAAUAUAAAAAAAUUCAGAGGCGGCAGAAAAUCGAGAGGCGGGUGGUGACGCUAAGCAAGUUUUUUUUUAUUUGGCCUAAGUUCAUGUCAUUAUUUCUUACAGUGAAAAAGAAAACAGUAACGAAAUGAAGGAGAACAGUGUCGAAGAUUUUCUUUCAGUUAUUAUGGAUUUAUUAUCUUUUAAAAGGUAAAAAGAGGAUGUUAUUAAGGUUACGAGGUUUUUAUCGUUGUUAUGCCUUGGGAAAGCUGGAAAACAUUGUUUCCUGGCCAUGUAGGUCCAUGUUUUAAAAAUCAAUAACAAUGUUUCCCUUGGUGAGCAAACGGGGAAAUAAUCGAGAUAACAUUGAAAUUUUCAAGUGGUUCUGCCACUGUGUUUCCUAUUUUCCCCCGGGCUUUACAGGUUUACUUCACUAGAAAAUAUUCUUUCUUUUUCGACGCCAUGCAUACACGACGCAGAAUUUAUCAACAAUAAACAACCCUAACAAUUAACAAUCAUAAUGUCUCAUUUCAUACAUUACUUCUUAGAUUCCUCCGUGUUUACAACCUUCAAUAUAGUAUUGAGUUGGACAUAGAUAUUAUUCACUCGUCUGGGCUCCCUGUGGAUGAAACACGAUUAAAAUAUAUAAUAUCUGCCAUCAGUGAAAUGGACGACACUCAUGUUAAACCGAAUGAUUCUGGAUCGCAGCCACAAGAAUCCAGUAAUCAAUCUCAACAUUCCAGAUCAGGGGCACAAUAUUCCAAUGACAGACCACAAAAGAAGAAUAUUACAGCCCCUGGUCAAAGGGAUGGUGGCAGCUUAGAGGCGUCUUUAUCUAAGAAAGCAGUUGAAAGUUUUUAA